AUGCGCGCAACACGACCAGACCCGCUCCUCCCAUCUUACCCCCUUGGGCCGAAUCUUUUCACACCCAAUGUAUCCCGCCACAGGCCCUCUCCUCUCUUUGGGUUGAUCGAGCACACAAUGGACCGUUUUUCUGGUCUUCCUGAACCACCCCGAUCAGAGCCUAUCUUUCCUCACUCGUCCCAAGAGAUACCUUCCUCCCCACCUUCUGUCGCAUCCGAAGCGGGUGGUGGGCGCCGACAGAGAAAGCCGCCUACGGUCACGCCUCGAUCCUUCCGACGCUUUUUUACCCCACGAUCCCUAUUGAACAGCGGAAAUAAUGCUAGCAACGUGAAGACAAGCCGUCAGGCCCUCCGGGCGCUGACCUCGCCAGCUGUCAAUCGCCUCGGUCCCGCUUUUACCAGAUCAUCGAAGACCGGCGGUGCGCAAAGCCCUAACCAUGGUCUGCCGGAAGAUUUCCCUCGCACUCCAAGCAGAAAGAGGAAGCACUCGUUCUCUUCGGCGGCAUCCCCGUUGCAAUCUUCUCCAUUGAAGAAAGUCCGUGUGCGGUCUCCCGUGGGAGAUGAAAGAGCCGUCGUUCGAGAUAUCGAUGUGACCGCUGUGAUCGCGAGGGGCCGCAACACCCAAACAGUGCCGACUAGUCCUCCCAAACGCCGUCCAGUUUCUCCAAUCAGCCGAUCCCGCGUAUUGCAAACCUCUGGUUCAUUCUUCAUGCGAACUCUUGAGGGUUCGCGUGCGAACAGGCUGACUAUCCGAUCGACUGCAGGGGCUGGGUGGCAAGAUCUUACAUCCGACUUUCACUCGCGACCAGAAGACCGUCAUUCAUGUACGAGCUAUGCCAAUGAUGGACAAUUAGCACUUCCCUUUUGCAAUGCUUCCUGCAACACAAAUUCACUAGUUGCCGUUGGCGAUGAAGAGGGCGGUAUUCGUCUGUUAGAUUCCUCCAAAGAGGACGAGCGAGGAUUCUCUAGCGCAUAUCUAGGUUUCCGCCCGCAUAUGAAUUCGAUCAUGGAUCUCGAAUUCUCCUCCGAUGACCUACUACUGGCCACCGCCUCUGGAGAUCAGACCUCCUUGAUUAUCGACAUGACUACUCAGCGACCCAUCCACUGUUUGCAGAACCAUGUGUCCUCGGUGAAGCGAGUCCAGUUCCAACCCGCUUCUAACAACAAGGUUCUCGCAACAUGCAGCCGUGACGGAAAUGUGAAUAUUUGGGACCUUCGAUGCAAGGGAUUUGAGCGCCCAUCACUGCAGGUUCGCUGCUCACUAGAGUCCGAAACGGAAUCCUCCAAUGCUUCAGCAGCUCCCAAGAUGACGUAUCCUCAUGUUCUCAAUACCAUUCACGGCGCCCACGCAUACAGUACACCGCAAAAGCCUGCUCUGGAUAAAUCAGAAGCUCCUCCAUUCGGUCGAACUGAUAUUACCGUCACUUCACUGGCUUUUCUUCCCCCUGGUCAGGAAAAUCUGUUCGUCACGGCAUCCGAGGCUAGCGCCAGCGUCCGACUUUGGGAUUUACGGACAGCGCAUAAUAACCGCCGUGGCCGACCCGUUCUUCCGUUGUCCACCACACGCGAGCCCGACAGUCACAUCAAGUAUCGGCGAUUUGGCCUAACAUCGAUGGCCUUCGGUGGGGAUGGUGCAAGGCUAUACACCCUUUGUCGAGAUGGAACCGUGUACACAUACUCGACCUCCCACUUGGUGCUUGGGCACGCACCUGAGCUCUCCCUCAACCAUGCUCAUCCCCGACGAUCGGGUGGCUCUGACAAAGAAGGAUUGGGUCCCCUUUAUGGAUUCCGCCACUCGCGACUUCAAGUUUCCACUUUCUACGUUAAGCUCGCGGUGCGCAAAGCCUCCGAUGACCGUGCAGAGAUGUUGGCAGUUGGUAGCAGCGAUCACUGUCCGAUUCUAUUUCCUACCGAUGAGCGAUUCCUGCAGUCGCCUGUGAAGACCUAUUCAAAUGAUCUGCCCCCUACCCGAACCUCUCUCUUUACAACUCGAUCCGGUCUCCGUCGCACCAAUUCCGGUAUGGGUCUGUCUGGAAGACUCGAAGAUACUAUCCCGAUCUACGAAUCUGGCACGCCUCUCGUCGAGGGGCACCAGAAGGAAGUCACCGGCCUUUCCUGGACGGUCAAUGGGGAGCUGAUUACCGUUGGCGAUGACUACCUCGCCCGAUGCUGGCGCGAAGGGCCCGAAGCUCGUGAGCUUCGAACCCAGGGCCAAAAGGAUGGUCGAGACUGGCAGUGCGGAUGGGCUGCCACGACAGAUUCCUAUGAUGAUGAAGACGAAUGA